AAGAAGAAGAGGAAGAAGCCAGCUUUGAGUCAUCGCAAGCCAUUUCCGAGUCUGGAAUAACCACUGUUCAUAUUCCUUUUCCUAUCGAGGCGAUAUCAUGAGUGAGUACUUCGCGCUGUCAGAGUGUGAUGUCAUUGGCUUUGAUCUGGACCAUACUCUCUGUCGGUACCAUUUGAAGGAGACCUCCAAGCUGUUCUAUGAGAGUUUUGCACGGUAUUUGGUGGAACAUAAAGGUUAUGAUGAAGAUCUGCUUCAUUUGACACCUGCUACUUGGGAUUUCUGUUUUAAAGGUCUUGUGAUGGACCUUGAAGAGGGGAACCUAAUCAAGUUGGCAGACGAUGGUACUGUCUUACGGGCAACUCAUGGCACUAAAAACCUAAGCUCUGACGACAUAACGAAGCAUUAUGGUCCUAAAAGAGAGUGGAAACAUUUUCAUUGCCUUAAUACCUCAUACACUCGAUCUGCAAAAUACUAUUUUUAUGACAACUAUUUUGACCUCCCUGGUGCUCUUCUCUGUGCAAGAGUGGUGGACAUGUUGCAUAAGCGAGGAUCUGAAAUCACAUCUGACUAUUGGAAAGACAUUGUUGCUGCCGUUGACCAUAAUUACAACACAUCUGCAUAUCGGGAGGAUGCAGGGACGUAUUUCCCAAGUGUGAAGCGUAAUCCCGGCCGUUACCUACAGCCCUGCUCGGAUGCAGUGAAGAGAUGGUUGAGGAGCAUGAAAAACAGUGGGAAAAUCCUGCUGCUCAUUACCAGCUCACACUCCGAUUACUGCAGACUAGUGUGUGAGCACAUACUUGGGAUGGACUUUGAGGAGUUGUUUGACAUCAUUAUCACUAAUGCCCUGAAGCCUGGAUUCUUCUCUCUUGAUCCACAGCAAAGACCUUUCAGAACAUUAGUGGAUGAUGUUGAGGAUAGUGCGGGUUUGCCAUCACUGGAAAAACCUGGUUGGUAUUCUCAAGGCAACUGGCCUCAUCUACAUGAACUAUUGAAGACCAUGACCAACAAAUCAGAGCCCAAGGUGGUGUAUUUCGGAGACAGUAUGCGCUCGGACACGUUCCCCGCCUGCAGCUUUGGAAAGUGGGAGACUGUGAUGAUUGUGGAGGAGAUGGAGGAGGAGGACAUUCCAUGUGCUAACCCAACCCUCAGUAACUGCCCCGCCCCAAGUGAAGGUCCUAUAGAGAAGAAGGGCAAAUUUGAGGAUCAGGGAAUGAAGUCUCCUUCAGCUGUGUCAAAUCAGUGGGGCUCAUAUUUUAUUGAUGUGCAAAAAAAUGAAGGAGAGGAGACACAGAGGCUCACCUGGUGUUGCCAGAGUAUCCACGCAUACAGUACCAUGGCUAUACCCAGCAUUGAGGCUAUAGCAGAUCUUCCUCUAGACUUUAAGUUCCAGAGAUUCUCUCCAGAUAAGCCCAUCACAACAGGUUAUUACCCAAGACCUCCAGACUCACUGCUGAAAUGGGAACAGAACCAGUCUUGAAACCUUGCGCCUCUCAAGCACAGACCAGGAGAUUGUUCCACCUUUGAGUUUUUCAGCUUUACCUUAGAGCUAACCAUCCAUUCUUCUAACUAGUUAUUAAAGCUGUGUGAAUGUAACACCCAGGACAGUGUCUGUGUAUUAUCUUCUUACCCCUACCUGAACCAGUAAACACAGAAUAAAGGUGUGUUUGUCUAUAUGUAAAUAUCCAUACAUUGAUAAUUGGAUGUACAAGAAAGUUUCCGUCUAUUGUGUCUUACUGUACUUUGUUCUUUCACAACAACACAUUUGUGAUCAGCACAGUGUUCUCACUACCAUUGAACCAAUGAAGGAAUAGUUCACCCAAAAAUGAAAAUCCUGCCAUCAUUUGCUCAUCCUCAUGUUUUUCCCAUGAUUAGGAUGUCCUUCUUCCUUGGAAAACGAAGAACAUCCUUGCCUUUAAUCAUAUAAUGAAAGUCAAAAGAAUGGGUCUGUCAAGAUCCAAAAUGACAAAACUACACAUAAAAGUAUUGUUGUCCAUAUGGGUUUGGAGUGACAUGAGGGUAUAUGAUAACAAAAUGUUCCUUUUUGGGUUAUCUAUACUUUGUACCUAUAAUGAAGUACAAAAACAGUUUUCCCAUGUGCUGUUUUUUUUUGGUUUUGUUUUUUUAUGGAAGAAAUGUUUCAUGACCUUGUGCUUACUGUGAUAAAGCCAGGCACAAAUGAUGUUGAAUAUUCAUGAAAUCAAGAGAUUUCAGCCAUGAGUUCCACUGGAUGCUGUCUAAAGAACUGAUUGUUAUAGUAAUUAAGUUUUGCGAGCAAACUGAAGGUGCUGAAACUGGUUCAGAUUUGGGACGGCCUAUUUUGUACAUUGUAGAUUUUACUUCCCUGGAUUUGAUUGUGAUUUUAAGUCGUUCUCUUUACUGUAGUAAUUUACUGUGCUGUGCAAGAGUUACUGGGAGAAAUGGGAGAGAUGGUGUGUACAUCAUGUUCCCAAAUUCCGGAGAAGUAAUAAAUGUCCACUUGACUUCUUGCACAAAUGCCUCCUCUUUUUAUUUUUUACAUUAAUUUUUUUUUCCAGAUCUUCGUUGUUAUUAAAUGAGGAAGGGUGAAUAAAUAUGACUUUCUCUAUGUAUGUAAUGUAGUAACAGUGUAAAAAAAUAAUUGUGUUGUUGGGUAAUAGUCAAUGUAAACAGUCAUUUUUCUGUCAUUCACAGUGGCAGUGUUGAAUGGUGCCAUGCUUUACCCAGCCAUGUAGUGGUAUUAUGUGUCGGAGCACGUCUCACCUAAAACCAUUAUUUGUUUUGUGUGUGCUUGUGCUGAACAUUGAUAAUGAUUUGUUUAAAGUGGAUUUGAUGUUUUAUAUAUGUUGAUGGGGUUUCCAUAGUGUUAGGCUUUAAUGGUUUUUACAUAAAAAAAAUGGUACUGUGUUAAUAGACACUACAUGUCAGAAGUGUUUGAUUUCAUUGUUUAACAGAGCUGAGUUUUAAGUGACCAGGUAAAGAAGCUUGGAAAUCCUAAUCAGAGCUGUGAUUACUUUUCUCAGUUGAUUAAAAAAUGUCUCUUCUGCUGUAUGUGGUGAACAGCUCUAGUGCUUGUUGAUUGAGUACAGAGAAAGUGUUCAAUUGGCAGAAAUAAAAAA